ACGGUGUGAUUUUUUAUUCAUUUGCAAUCUAAAUCGCGCAAAUAUAUGUUGAUUGAGCGCGUUCUAUUGCUCCUAGUUAUAGAAACUUGAAGUAUGUUGUUUUAUUAAUAUAAGUGAAAAUUUAAUAGUUGCACACAAAGAGAAGAGUGAAGAUCUCAAAAUGACGAAUCCAAACCUUGAUAACAAAGAAAUGAUGGACGAAAUAAUAAAUAGUAAAAAGUUGGGAGAUAAAAGGUUUCAUUCGGAAACCUCUUUGCAACACAUGGAAAUAGACGCGAUGCCAGAACUACCUAACAUAGAUCCUGGGGUGACAGUCAAUGGCGGCACGCCCACAGAAGAGAAUCUUAACCGGCGCAGAACCAUGUCCCAGCCUGGGCCAUUAUCAGGGGGUCUGGUCACGGCCACCGCGGCCCGGGCUGCUAGAAAACGACCUUUGAGGAACGUUGUCUACGCUGAUGAAAACGAACAAAUGCCGAGGUUUGUGCUAUCGGGCAAAGGCGAUGAUUCUGGAACAACCACACCUAUAGGUGACAGUAACAGUCCAUCACCUUUCCCCGUCAACGGAACUUUACGGAAUGGCGAUGCUAAAUCUCUUAAUAGUUACCGCAUUUUCGCAUCGGCGAAUGAUCUUCGUGGAGUGAGCACACCACGUAAACGAUCGGUGGCAACUAUGGAUGCUCAAUCAAUGCGGUCUGUGGAGACACAUGCACCACCACCGACGAGCCCUGAAGAUAAUAAACGAAUGACCAAAAAAUAUCUCACAUUAAUCAUAAGCUGCAUAUAUGCAACAGUAUUAGUUACUUUGGGUUUCAUCGUAUAUAUUUCCAGUCCCAUAAUGGGUACUUUAGUGUCUAUAUACUUUUCCAUCGUCCUUUUAAGCAUUGGAAUGGUGUAUCAUUUAUAUUUAUUAUUUGACAUUGGCCGAUAUAAAUCUAUAGCACUAAAAAAUCAAAAAAUUAAAGCUCUACAUGAAGAAAAAGUGGCGGAAUACUUCAGGAAACAAGAGGAGGAAUACAGCAUUAAUACACCAAACGGCGACCGCUCUUUCGACAAUCGGUCAAUGCCGUUCCCACAACCGGUUCUUAUACCCCUCAACCACGACUACUGCUUCAACUACGGAAGACACUCUGGAAGCUUCUUCCUUAAAUUAGGAGCUGCAGCCUUUGCGUUAGGACAUUUGAUCCAUUCGGUGCUCCUAAUUGCCGUGCAAGUAGCCCAACUGUUAGAUGAGACCGUAGAGAAUGAUGAUUGUGUAGUCAUACCGCAAGUCGUGUUAGAUGUUCUAUCACCAUGCUAUAGCUUCCUGCAGCUCUACUUCAUCUUUAAAUACUCUAAUGUCAUCAUAUUGAAGCUACCCGGACUGGCACACAUUACCGUUAUGCAUAUAAUUGGAAGUAGUCUAUGUUUUUGGCUUUCCGCAAUCGUCAGAGAAACUGUACUAGCGCUUACACUUUAUGCAAAUUCCAUAUACGGGAACGAUACAGAUUAUAAUGAUAUUAACGGUUUUUCAGAGGCCACUUAUGAUUCCCGUUUCUUAGAUAUAAGUGGUCUUUACAAUUCGCAUUGUGCUGGAACAACUUCGCUGAUGGACAUCAUUCAAAACAUAUCACCGUACUUAUAUCCAUUUAGUGUGGAAUUCAAUAUUCUUAUUGUGGCAAUAUACUACAUCAUUUGGAGUCACAUAGGCCAUUGCCAUAAUGAGGAAAGCACUGAAUCCGAGACGUCCAGUUUGAUGGACAAUAAUGUUUGCAGGAUCCCUACUGCACACGAGGAUAAUGACUAUACCAGUAACAUAGUAAUACACGCGGACUGCCACGCUUCCAACCGUGGCUUGUUCCUUGGACUGAUACUCACUGUCGUCAUUGCUGGGAUGCUUAUCAUCGGAUAUGUCUUCAGCAGCGUUGGAGAGGAUUUCUUAAAAAUCGGCCAUAUGCUGAACGACUACACAAUGUUGGCACUGCACUCUGUUCUACUGUUCGCGGUAGUCAUAGCCUUCAACCAGCUCAGGAAACUGGACAUCAACGAACACCCCAUUUCGCUACUGGAUGACGUACUUCUCUUUAUAUGUAUACCAGCAUUUGCAUUGGAAACAACAUUUUCACUGUUGGCAACGAUCACCCUCACGAAUCCUGUCAGCAUCACCAAUUAUUCAAUAAUGGCCAUUCAAGUGCUUGUACAAACGCCUCUCAUCAUGGAUGGCCUGCGUCGAUGCAGCAACUCCAAGAAACUCCGACGAAAUAAACCCGGCAGGGAAGUGCUCAUGUUCCUGAUUAUAGCCAACGUUGCGAUGUGGCUCUUCUAUACCUUCUCCUAUAAAUCACCAGACAGUUUAGAUGAAAGAUACACAUACUUCGGCAAAGUAGUCUGGUCUAUUCUGGGCCAUAUUAGUUUACCUCUUAUCAUGUUCUAUAGGUUCCACUGUAGUGUAUGCUUCGCUGAUAUUUGGGACUCUGCCUAUAAACCAGGCUCAGAGCAUUAGAUUUUAUUAUAGAAACAGUGAAAUCGUAACUUAAGCUUUAAAGACGAGGAGUUAUAAUAAUAUCCUAAGUAUUCUUUGAUCUUAUUAAUAGAUUACUAAAAUUUGUUUUUCGUAAGUGACUUUUUAACCCCACAAUUAUUUAUUCGUGUAUUGUGCUAGUUAUGUAAAUAUAUGUAAUACAGUAGAUAUUCUACAUAAUAUUUAUGUAGUCAGUAGGAGUUCUUAUACUAUAUCAUGUAUAAUAUAUAUAUAAUGCAAAUAAAGAAAUUGUAGUGAUAUAAAUGGACAAAAAAUAUUAAUAGAGUAUGUACUUAUAUGAAUAAGAUUGAUUUGGUUAAGUAUGAUACGUUUAAAGAUAAUAAAAUUGAAUGUGCAAUUUUAGUGUUAAACCUUCUAAUGUAAAUAACUAUUAAUAAAAUAUCAUACUCCGAUUUUAUUUUUUACUGUUACUUACUAUCC